AUGCGGCGACCGAGAGGCCGAGACAGCAGCAGCAGUAGCAGCGACCCCUGGGAGGCGGAGACCAGGAGGCAGAGGCAGCAGCAGCAGCAGCAGCAGCGAGCCCUAGGAGGCGGAGACCACGUGGCUGAGGCAGCAGCAGGAGAAGCACCGACUUCUGGGAUGCGGCGACCGGGAGACCGAGGCAGCAGCAUCAGCAGCAGCGCGCCCUGGGAGGCGGGGACCAGGUGGAUGAGGCAGCAGCAGCAGAUGCACCGACGACUGGGAUGCGGCGACGGGGAGGCCGAGGCAGCAGCAGCAGCGGGGAGCCCUGGGAGAUGCAACGACGACUGGGGGGCGGCGACCAGGAGGCGGCGACAAGGAGGCGGAGGCUGCAGCUACAGCAGCAUCGAGCCUUGGGAGGCGGAGACCAGGUGGCUGAGGCAGCAGCAGCAGAUGCUCCGACCACUCGCAUGCGGCGACCGGGAGGCCGAGGCGGCGGCAGCAGCAGCAGUAGAAGCAGCAGGUGGCUUAGGCAGCAGCAGCAGAUGCACUGACGACUGGGAUGCGGCGGCCGGGAGGCUGAGGCAGCAGCAGCAGCAGCAGCCAGCCCUGGGAGGCGGAGACGAGGUGGCUGAGGCAGCAGCAGCAGAUGCACCGAUGACUGGGAUGCGACGAUUGGGAGGCCGAGGAAGCAGCACCAGCAGCAGCGAUCGCUAG